AUAACUUCAAAGAGUAUACUCACCAUCCAACGGAUCCUGCAACCUGUACCACUGACUGAUAGUAUUUGUUUACUAUUGCACCGCCGCUGCAAGACAGCCUAGGUAGAGGAUAGAAUGGCUUCCACAGACGACGAAAUCCGGGAGGCUCCCAAUGAGCAGACAAGCCUCUUACCAAAGAAGCAAGAUGACAAUGACCCAUCGUCGAGUGAAGAGGAAGGAGAGUUGCUCGACAUCCUACCAGAAGACGAUACACCAACUCGAAAACUCAUCCUGCACGAAUUCUGGGUUUUAUUUAAAGGGUCGAUCCCAGUGAUAUUGGCAUACACCUUGCAAAACUCUCUCCAAACGGUAUCAAUCCUGAUCGUGGGUCGAGCCUCGCCGCAAGACCUUUCUACGGCUGCUUUCUCCUACAUGUUCGCCAUGUGCACGGGUUGGCUGAUUGGCAUGGGAGGAUCAACAGCUCUGGAUACUCUUGCCUCGUCAUCCUUCACCGGCAGCAAGAACAAGCACGACCUUGGCGUUCUGCUUCAGCGAGCCAUUAUUGUCCUCACUGCGUUUUAUAUCCCAGUUGCCAUAUUAUGGCUGUGCUCCGAACCUGUCUUCAAAUUACUUGGGCAGAGCGACCAGCUAUCACACGACAGCUCCAAGUUCUUGAGCUGCCUCAUUCCCGGCGGUCUUGGGUAUAUCUACUUCGAGACGAUGAAGAAAUACCUCCAAGCCCAGGAAAUCAUGCGACCAGGAACUUACGUUUUGCUGAUCACUUCACCCAUCAGUGCCCUGCUCAACUACCUAUUUGUUUAUGUGGCUGGUUGGGGUAUUUACGCCGCCCCUUUCGCUACAGGAAUUGGUUAUUGGCUUUCGUUCCUCGGUCUCUUGCUAUAUGCGAGGUUCGUGGCGGGUGGUGACUGCUGGGGCGGCUGGAGCAAGAAAUGCCUGCAGAAUACAUGGACGUUUGCCAAGCUCGCCCUCUUGGGCGUCAUCCAUGUCGGUACCGAGUGGUGGGCAUUCGAGAUUGUGGCUCUGGCUGCAGGCAGACUUGGAGAGAUCCCUCUUGCAUCUCAAAGUGUGAUCAUGACCGCCGAUCAAGUCAUGAACACGAUUCCUUUCGGAAUUGGUGUUGCAGCCAGUGCUCGCGUGGGCAAUAUGCUUGGGUCACGCAAUGCAAAGGGAGCCGCGCGAUCAGCCAACGUCGCUGCUUGGCUUAGCAUGUUCAUGGGCGCUGUCAUCCUGGCCAUCUUAUUCGGCACCAGGAAUCACUUUGCCAAAAUCUUCAACGAUGACGACCGAGUGGUCAAGCUCACUGCUGAGGUUCUGCCAUAUGUCGCUCUCUUCCAGAUUGCGGAUGGCUUGAACGGUAGUUGUGGUGGGUCACUACGAGGCAUGGGCAGACAGCAUAUUGGAGCGGCAGUCAACAUUGUCAGCUAUUAUUGCGGUGCUCUUCCGUUGGGAAUCUACCUCGCCUUCCACGGUUGGGGUCUUCCUGGUCUAUGGGUUGGUCAGUGUAUCGCACUGUACCUUGUCGGUGCUGCUGAAUGGAUUAUUGUGGCUUGGAGCAAUUGGGACCACCAAGUCGAAAGAGCCUUUGACCGGAUGGACAAGGACGAGUUGGUUGAGAACGGUCAUGCCGGGGACGCAGUGCCUGCUCCGGCAGGAAAUGGUCCUCAGUGAUGCAUAGAUCUGAGAUGAGGAAGACGGAAAAGUAUUGCAUAGACUGAAUGAGGUGGUUCCCUUAUCCGAGUAGGUAUUGUCACGGGUUGUUUUGAGCGAUAC